UUCUCGACAUCAACCACAUCCAUCCCUUUCCUUCCCAACGUCCCAAAUCGGUCGAUUAUCCUGUAACAGGCUCAACUAAAUUGGAAACAGCUUUCCUAAGACCGUCAUUGGCGUCUCCAGCGAUUCUGCAACCAACUCAACUUUCACCAUCUCUUACACAAUCCCAUCCAUCCUGUCUAGCUAGAAAUAUGGCUAGCCAAUCCAACCAAGGCUCCCAAGUAGGAAAUGAUCACACGACCGCGUACCAAACGCGAAGCCAGACGCAGGAAAAUGCCGGUCCUACAGCUGCUGGUGAACAGAUGAAGCCUGACGCACGGUACUUCGUAGCUAAGGGCCCGCAGAUCCCAAAAGAAGGCAUGCCGCCAACCAUCCCAAGGGAGGAAAUUGAAGCUCGGAUGAAGGAACUCAAUUAGUGAGGCGGGAUCCUGUGUAGGAAGGGACUCUUUUGCAGCCCUGCUGGGUAUGUGGGGAUGGGACGAGUUCGCUGAUGACAUGGUUGUAAUUCCUGCA